CAAUUUUCUACAUCCAGUGUGUGUUUGUGCUGCUUGCUCUCCUUUGCUUUGUGUGUGUAUCUUGAGAAGCGAGAUGGUGUUGUUGAGUGGUCUUCGUCGGUACAGCACUGGUGCUGGACGCGCCAAGAUGCUGGGUGUGCUGCGUGAGGAGCUUGAGGCCAUCAAGGCUGCAGGCACCUGGAAGACAGAGCGCAUCAUCACGUCCCCGCAAUCCCACAAGAUUUCCGUGCAGGCCCGCGACAAGCCCGUCAUCAACAUGUGCGCGAACAACUACCUCGGGCUGGCCGACAACCCGGAAGUGAUUGCUGCGGCAAAGCACGCCAUGGAUACGCAUGGCAGCGGUCUCGCAUCUGUGCGCUUCAUCUGCGGCACGCAGGACAUUCACAAGGGCCUGGAAUCUCGCAUUGCCAAGUUUCACCAGAUGGAGGAUGCCAUCCUGUUCCCCAGCUGCUUCGACGCCAACGCGGCAAUCUUCGAGGUCCUCCUCACCCCCGAGGAUGCGGUGUUCAGCGACGAGCUCAACCACGCCUCCAUCAUCGACGGCAUCCGCCUCUGCAAGGCGCAGAAGAACCGCUUCAAGCACCGCGAUAUGGGGGAUCUUGAGGAGAAACUGCGCAGCAGCGACGCCCGCCUCAAGCUGAUUGUGAGCGAUGGCGUGUUCAGCAUGGAUGGCACCAUCUGCCACCUCAAGGAGAUGUGCGAUCUUGCUGAGGAGUACGAGGCCGUGGUCCUCAUUGACGAGUGCCACGCUACAGGCUUCUUCGGCAAGACCGGCCGUGGAACCCCGGAAUACUUCGACGUCAUGGACCGCGUUGACCUGAUCAACUCGACCAUGGGCAAGGCCCUCGGCGGCGCUAUGGGCGGGUACACGACGGGCCCUCAGGAAGUGAUUGAUCUUCUGCGCAACAAGGCCCGCCCCUACCUCUUCUCAAACACUCUCCCGCCAGCCGUUGUCGGCGCUACCACAAAGGUGUUUGACAUGCUGCUGGAGAGCUCAGAUCUCGUUGAGAAGGUCCAGUCCAACACGCAGCUGUUCCGCACGAAGAUGGCUGAUGCCGGGUUCACCGUUGGCGGCGACCCAGAGCACCCCAUCUGCCCCAUCAUGCUCGGCGAGGCGCGUCUUGCUGCGCAGUUUGCUGACGACAUGCUGGAGCGCGGUGUCUUUGUCAUCGGCUUCAGCUACCCGGUUGUGCCCAAGGGCAAGGCGCGCAUUCGCGUGCAAAUCUCGGCCGCGCACACGGAGGAAGAGAUUCUGCACACCGUCGACGCAUUCACACAGGUUGCAAAGGCCCGCGGCGUCCUUUAAGCGCAACACCGCACACGCGCACAUUGUGGCUUCGUUCUUAUUCUUCGCGCUGUUGUCACAUCAAUGCCUUUUUGUGCGUGCGCGACUUCCUCCAACCCAUCCCCUCCAAACAAUACAGUGGUUGGUUGCAUGGGCUCAUGCCUUGAGUGGGUCGUAAGUGGGUGUUUCAUUGGGUUGUGACAUUGAGAUUGUGGUUGGGAGGAAACUGGUGCUACCCAUCAAGCGAGCAAAAGAAUCUCAACAGACACACACACAUACACACACG